AUGGGUGGUCAAGGAUACGAUGGAGCUAGCAAUAUGCGUGGUCAAUUUUAUGGAUUGAAGACAUUAUUCCUUCAUGACUGCCCUUAUGCCUAUUAUGUUCAUUGCUUUGCUCAUCGAUUACAAUUAGCUUUGAAUGCAUGUGCUAGAGAUGUUCCUGAUAUGCAAUUGUUUUUUCAAAUGCUAAGCUCCAUUGUUGCUUUUGUUGGCUCUUCAUCAAAGCGUACAAAUCAGUUAAAAGAUAUUCAAGAAACAGAACUUGUAGAAAGUUUAGCAGAUAUAGAUCUUGAAACUGGAAAAGGUCUAGACCAAAUUCAUAGUUUAAAAAGAGCAGGUAUGACUCGAUGGGGUUCUCACUUUGCUUCGGUUACUACUUUGGUUCAUGUGUUUAAAGAAGUUACUCAACUUCUUCAAAGUAUGAUGACUGAUAAAGACCUCACUGGAAGUAUAAGAGGUGAUGCAAAAGGUUUCCUUAAGGCAUUGAGGGCAUUUGAAUUUGUAUUUUGCUUGUUGCUCACUAACAAAAUUAUUGGAAUUACUGAUUUACUCUCUCAAGGCUUGCAGAAGCAAUCACAAGAUAUUGUUAAUGCUAUGAAUUUUUUUUCAAUUACAAAGACAAUUCUUCAAGCAUUGAGGGAUGAUGGUUGGGAUAGUUUUUACCAAAAUGUCCAGCAAUUUGGUGAAGAUCAUGGUCUUGAAAUGCCUAAUAUGGAUGUAGCUUAUUCAAUGGGUACUGGUCGUGGUUGUCAACAACAUGAUGUUGUUACAAAUGAACAUUACUAUCAUUUUGAUGUGUUUAAUGUGAUUAUAGAUGUUCAGAUGAUGGAGCUAAAUGACAGGUUCACAGAGCAAAGAAUAGAACUACUUACUUUAAGCUCUGCAUUAGAUCCUAAAAAUCAGUUCAAAAAGUUUGAUAUGGAGAAGAUUUGCAGACUUGCAGAGAAGUUCUAUCCUGAAGACAUUGAUGCAUCAGAGGUUAGAGCUUUAAUACGAUUAGUUGAAACAGACUUAGCGAAGCUUUUUUCCUUGGUUGAUAGAUUGAUUCGUUUGGUCUUGACACUUCUGGUUUCCACUGCAACUACUGAACGUGCAUUUUCGGCUAUGAAAAUUAUAAAAACUAGGCUUAGAAACAAGAUGGAAGAUGGAUACCUUUCAGGUUGUAUGAUGCUUCACAUUGAAAACGAAUAUGUAGAUGAUAUUGAUUCAGAGGUAGUGAUUGAUCAUUUCGAGUCUAUUGGAGAUCGUAAAGCACAGUUCAGAUAG